AUGGAUCCAAGACAACAGCCCCAACUUCCCUUUGCGCGGAACGCUGCAUCGCCAUUUAGUCGCCCAUCGUUCCCGCCAGUGCCUGCAUCGACGCAGCAGCCGUAUCCUUCGACUGCUCCCCAUGCUCCCUCGACAAAUCCUGCAUACUCAGAUCUCCAUUCGCGGAAGCCCUCCGAUCCACCGCCCUACUACCCAGCUUCGCGAGCAUACCCUCCCGAUCCUGGCCCCGGCCCCGGCCACCUGCCGCCGUCGACCCACUCGCGCCACCAGAGCGCGUCGUCGAUACCGUCCGGCUCUGCUAUGAACCGUGGCAUGCCACGUUCGGCCUCGCCGUCGCUGCAGCACCAACAUCCGCAACAACAGGGCCAGGGCGGUCCCUCUCCUUCUAGAGACCAGCCUCCGCCACCUCAAUACCCGGGGCCUCCUCCAGGCGUCUCUGCGCCGUCGUAUAGAGAGUCGAUGCACGCAUCUCCCCGCAUGCAUUCUACAGCCGGGCCCGAAUACGUGGCUUUUCGGCGGCCGCAAACACCCGAGCGCCACCGAUUAUACGAUAGCCGAGAUCCGAGAGGGCCCGCAGCUGGAUCGCCCCAGGGCUUCCACUCGGCCCCUGAAGUUCAGCGAUAUGGUACACCACAGGCAUACCCCCAGAGAGGCCCCCCGCUGACCGCUGCAGAGCAAGCGAGAGAACAAGCGCGCAUGGCCGGCAACACGGUGCCUCCACGUCCGAGCAGUCAGCCGAAAGCAUUUUCGAAUGUUGCUCCUCCCCAGCGGCCGAUGGAGAUGGGCAGGCCACCACCAACAGACAUGUAUGCGCGUAGGGAGGACUUGCGACAGUCGGAUGAGUACAACCCAGAGCGCCCAAUAAGAGUAAUGAAAUUCGAAGAUCAGAGAUACAUGUCGGAGAGGGAGCGCCAGGAGCGAGAGCGUCAAGAGCGCGACCUUCAGGAGCGAGACCGCCAGGAGCGAGACCGCCAGGAGCGAGACCGCCAGGAGCGGGACCGACAAGAACGGGAGAUGGAAUUCCGGGAACGGGAGCGCCGGGAGAGGACCAUGUCAGGGGGCGAUAUAGGGCGAGUGCACCCUAUGCACCAGCAAGAGUAUGCGCGGCAGAUGGAACAGAGACCGCCACAGUUUAGUCGGCCUCCAGAUCCGAGAGAGCAAGGGAUUUGGCCGAGACCGGGAUACGAGCAGGCCAGAGCACCUUAUGACCCUGCCGCUCAUCUUCCUCGGCAUCAGGAGUACCCGCCGGCUACAGCGCCGCACUACAACGGCCACCCUCCCUACGCUCCAGUCCCAAUCGAGCGCCAUCCUCCACCCCUACCCUCAUCUCACCAGCACGAUCGCCAGAGGAUGAACCUUAUGCAUCUCGAACGCCAGCAGCAGCAGCAGCAGCAGCUUCAACCGCGCGGCCGAGAGGAGCCACCCGUGCCGCCCCAACCAGUUGCUUAUGGGAAUCCAGGAGCGCCUGCCAUGUUUGAUUCGGCAAGGCUUCGCACCAUGGAAGACAUGGCUACGCCAUCUGGCCACCAGCGUACUCUGCUUGGAGUCCAGGAGAUGAAUCGCAAGGGUCGCAUAUCCCCUCUCCCCCAAGCAGUGCAAGGAGCGCAACCCCAACUUGCGGGCCCCGCUGGCGAGCCGGGGAUCAAGAGCGAGUUCGGCCGCAUGUUCUCGGGCAUCGGCACAGGAGUUGGCACAAUACCCAGCCCGAUCUUGCCAUCUGGCGCACAGCCGCCAUUCGCGCCCACCGGGUUGCUGAGGCGCGAGGAUUCCGACGGUGCCCCACCAGAGGCCAGCGUUGAUCCGUCGGUCAAGGUUAAAGGCGAGCUGCCGGCGCGAGGCAAACGAAGGAAGCUCAAGGAAGAGGAGGCCAGGAAUGACGACGAAAGCACAGGCAGACGGACCCCUGUCGGUGGCCGCGCCAAGAAGCCAAAGACCCAUGGUCACCACCAUCACCACCACCACCACCACCAUCACCAUCACAAUCUCGAACAGACAGCGUCCCCUACCGUCCCGGGUAACACGACAUUCAAAAACAUAAAAGGAUCAACCCCAGUUCCAUCGCCAACGUCUGCCCUCGCAAGGGAGCUGCCAACCACCCAUCACCAUGCCGUCCCCCGCAACGCCCCGCUGUCUGCCCACAACGCCAAACCGGCUGCGCCGCCGCCUCCAAGUCCUCCCCCCGUAGUGAUCGAAAAGCCCAGGCAGUUUGUCUUUUCGAAAGAAGUUCUAGACAAAGUAGCGGACCGCCCGCGGAUCCAUCUCGGUGAUAUUGUUUAUGACCCCAUUCUUAAGCCGGCUAGGCUCCAAGACCCGCGCACUGGUCGCCCCCCUCGAAGUGGAUAUUCGUCGACUCCUCGGCCUCUUCCAUGGGAUCUGAUCGAGGGAAAAGAAAACUGCACACUGACAGUCAAGAUCGGCAAGGAACACCUCACCCCUGCCGCGCGAGAGGAGAUCACGUCUCGGAGGGCCCUGUGGGGAACCGACGUCUACACAGACGACUCUGAUGUGAUUGCGGCUUGCAUCCAUGCUGGCUGGAUUAGGGGCGAGUGGCCCGAGGACGUGGCUGUGAACCUACUCGGCCUCGACGAGGGGUUUGAAGUAUCCGACUUGGCUGGGUUGAAUGGACAUGGGAGUGCCGUCAGCAACGGCAAAGGCCGCGCGGUUUCGCAACCGGAGGAGCCGGACGAUGUUCUGACAGAGCCCCCAGCAGACGGCCCAGCCAUCGUCAAGGAAAACCGGGAUCUCCACGUCGAUCUCCUCAUCCUUCCUACCCUGGAGAAGUACUCGUCGACAACCCGGUUUGGGAUAAAGAGCCGGGAAUUCGGCGGCUUACUCGGGGAUAUGGAAGAAUCGGGCCACCAAUCCGGCCAGCGCGCAAGGCAUGACGGAAUCAGUUUUAUGAUUACUGGGCUCCGCUGGGUCAUCAAUGGCGGCACAUCGCAGAACCGCCUCAGGGGCAAGGUCCGGCGCGAGAGGAUACGCAAAGCGCUGCGAGAGGUGGAGCUUACCCCUUCGUGGGCGGGCGGGCCGAGGAACAGCAGCUUCCACGAAGACGGCACGCUAGAGGUCGCGGGACAGCCGGGAGAGGCCUCUAGCGCCUGGUGGAAGCAGCAGCCUAGCAAACCUCCAAGUGAAGGCGACAAGGAGAACCGGCCCGCUAGAGAGAAAUCGGCUCGGCCUGAUGGGGAGCGGAACGAGAGCGACCAGGCUGAGGCUGUGAAGCAAAACGGCGCGACGGAAAAGAUCGAAGCGGAGGCCCAACCCCAGCCCCCUUCUGAGUUGGAGAAGGCCGCGCCAAAAAAGGACGGGGAGACUACUGAACCGCCGGUGGAAGCACAGGCAGCAGUGGUUGCCGAAGAGGCAGGGGCAAAAGAAGCAGCGGCGGUCGAAGGAUGA